ACGCUGAUGACAAGUGUACACCGUUUCACGCCUCUACUCAUUCACAAGGACAGAGCUAAUUGAAUUCCGAUGAACUUUAACUCGUGCGGUAAUGUGAUACACAGAUUUACCACGAACCAGCAUGUGGCUAUAAUUCUCGUAACUUCCUAUCAUGGAGCAGGAUGGUAUUCGUCACACAGCCAUGACCACUUGUACCGUGAGUCCGUACUAGCCGAGUCCCACAGACCCGCGCGCGGCUCUGAGGCUGUCAUCAAAUGCGCUCACAACCUGAAGUCCUGCUCCCUCUCCCAGUAGUGCUAACUAGCGGGCCAUCGUAGCUCCAUCUCCACACGAGAUGCGGAUUUGUUGUGAGCAAUUACACCUCCUGCGGGCAACCGUCAGACAAGUGCUUGUUUCCCACAUCGUUCAACCACCACGGGAUCAGAGCGCACGCAGUGUUUUACUUUAAAUAAUUCAUUAUGGAACUUAUUUACGAGAAUACUGAUUGGCUGAAAUGGUAUUUCUUGUAUACGUGCUUCUCUAGAACAACUGUCAUUGCCUGGAGGUUUUCAACCUUGAAAGAGGUCUAGCUGUUGCAUGUAGGUAUGUGUGGAAAUAGUUCCUGACGGUCUGAGAAGGGCAUCACAUCUUAACCGUUAUAUCAAGGGACGAAACAGUCGCUGAAAGACAUGAGAAGAGAUUUCUGGAGUGCAGGCAGAUUACGACCAGUUUGAUGUCUCUGUAGAUUGCUGUUCCAGCCGAGCCCAUAUCAGUACAUGGUCCCCCGAUAUCGGAAAUGGUCUCUGGUUGGUGGCUCCUGUAGGUUCCUGCGUUUUCGUGACCGACUGUGUCGAGACAAGUCCCAGACAGGUCACGGUCCAGUGAAGCGUGACCUCCCUGUCAAGCGGAGAAGACAGAUAGCCUCAACUUUGACCGGUACCUUAUGUCUGAGACUUCUGACAUUUACCAUAGUUGUCAGCUGGACGGAGACAGCUGGCGUACAUCGGCCUGACCCCUCCCUUGACCACAGACAACACACUUACAGGUGAAGCGUGAUGAUGAGUCGUUGGCUCGGAUACGUGGCUGUCUGUCUGGUUCUCGCGGAGGGGAUGACGUCGUCCAGCACGCUGCCGCCAGUGGAGACAACUCCCGACAACGCCACCUACCGAGAUGUGUUGAAAUCCCAGAUCCUGGCGCAGCAUGUACGGUACUGCGGAAGCAACCGCCUGUGUGAGGGCUACAGGCCUAGCCCAUGUUGGUGGUGUGCUCCGUGUCAGUGUGAUGCCAUGUGCUCUGUAUAUGAUGACUGCUGCCCAGAUAAGACGCUAUCGGGAGUCGCCAAACCCCCUGUUGCCCUCCCCCCUAUGAAGUGCAUGGGCAACCUGCAUGGCAGAUAUACAAAUGAAGAGAAGAUAGCGCGACUCAACACGAGUAGCAGUUUCUUCAUGGUGACAUCCUGUCCUGCAGAUGCUGACGCUGUGCUAACCGCGUCAUGUGCGGACUCCCCCUCCCUCCCUCCGGUCACCGCCGGGGACAGCAACGUCACCUACCUCAACAAACACUGUGCGGCGUGUCACGGGGUGCACGAUGUCCGGGAGUGGAAGACGCUGGUGGAUUGUACUGUAUUCCAUAAUUUUCAAAAGUUCAACUCGACCACCGCAGUUCUGGAUUUCGCUCUCGACCAGGAGGGGUGUUGGGUGGUGUUUGUCGCCCCUCCAGACACCUCCCCUCGGCAGUGUUACCAGGGUAAGGGUAUGAUCUCGGCCUGUAAUGUGACAGGGAAGUGGUCUCAUUAUGACGAGAUGCUGGAGCAAGCAUGUCACAGCUACACAACAGUCAAGGAAGUGGGGGCCCAGACAUAUAGAAAUGUCUUCUGCUACAUCUGCAACUCAGAGAAUCCAGUCCUGUUCUCCAGGUGCAAGAAAAGAACAGGUGGACCAGUGUCGUUCUCUGCGCUUCUUGACUUCAGCUCGGCGCUGUAUGGGAGCGGACACGACCCAAGUUCGAAAUGCACGGAGGGGCAGUUAUAUGAUGGCCAGAGGGACUCGUGUCGAGAUAUCCUGUGUUCUCAAGGAAAACAGCUGCUGAAUCAGACCUGUGUGCCAAUAUUUGGCUCGGCCAAGGGGCUAGGUUAUGAGUUGUACUUUGACAUGGAGUCUGCCGAGGAACUGCCCCUCUCUGGCCCCGAGGACCUGUUACACUCCCUGCCUGCCCGUCUGAAGGACUAUUUCCCUUACACUCUGGACAUGCUCAUUUCUUUCCAUGAUUUCGUUGUGGCCUUCCAUACAACUGACGUUCAAGGACAUUGUUCACAGUCAACCAGCAGGCUUUCCAUAUAUGCCACAUUCCUAACAACUAAACACAUUGACCCCCUCGUGUUUGAGUCAAUGCUUCUGGAUUUACGAAGUACUAAUUUCACACUGCCAACGGAAACUAGGAACAUAUCUUUUGAGACAAUGCCAAAUGAGAAUGUACGACUGAUCAGUCAGACUCACAAGGGACGAGUGCAUAAGCAUACCUCGUGUGUGAUCAGCGUGUCAAUGAGCAACCCGUAUCAAUCGGAUGACCCUGAGGUGGAGAAGGAACCAGACUCUUCUGAUCCCUUCUCCACGGAUUUGGUUCUCAUCAGGGUGUCCAACCUGCUUCCGUGUCCGCAGAUCCAACUGGAGAAGGAUGAAUAUGUUGAGGGGGAUUCCAUGAUACAGUUGGACUGGCUGGAGGACGCCUUGCAUCAGGGGGACUUUGAAGAGGACGACGGAGGCUGGGUGAAGAUCUGUCUGGACCAUUUCAAACCUGAUGCUCUACUUGUAGCCAGACCAGACCCUGAAGCAUCUGAAGCAGAAAUUAUUGUCUCAAUUAUCUUUACGGUAUUGUCGCUUGUUUGUCUCCUUCUCACCUUUAUAACAUAUUGUCUCUUCAAGACGCUGAGAGGAAUACCGGGCAAGAAUAACAUGAACUUGACAAUUACUUUAUUUGCAGCUCAAUUGUUGUACCUUGUUGGAUCUGGUAAAACCGAGACAAAGGGUCUGUGUGAAGCUAUGGGUAUAUUCAUCCACUACCUAUGGCUGUCAGUGUUCUGUGCGAUGGCCGUGUGCUCAUUCCACAUGUUCAGAGUCUUCACAACGCUCAGGAACAGGGAAGAUUCCAGUGAAAGAAGACGGAAAUUUUUGCAGUACUGUGUAUUUAUAUACGGCGUGCCAGCCACCCUUGUGGUAGCAACACUGGUGGUGCAUAUCAUCUUAUCAGAAGGGUCCUCUAUCGGCUACGGCGGGUCACAGUGCUACCUGUCGUCUGCAGCAGCUAUUGGAAUAGCGUUUGGCAUCCCAGUGGCCGUGACCGUGCUCGUCAAUCUGGUCUUCUUCAUUCUCACGAUUAAACCAAUCAGAAACAGGCCCAAGGUUGACAAGAACAAGCAGGACGAGCACCAUGUCCUCGUGUAUAUCAAGCUGUCCUCCCUCACCGGCAUCACAUGGAUCCUGGGCUUCGUGGCCUUUGCCAUCCAAUGGCAGGCCCUCCGCUACCUGUUCAUCAUAGUGAAUGCCAGUCAGGGCGUCUUCCUCUUCAUCUCGUUUGUGUGCAACUGCCGUGUGGUCAGGCUGUUCUCGGGAUGCUGUUGUGACACUAAGAAAGGAAAGGCGAAGGCCAACGCUGCCUCCUCCUCCACCUCCACCACCAAGGCAUUCACCAUCUCCAAAACAGAGACAAAGCUCACCGACAUAAAAGAUUCCAAGUCUUGAAAGCAGCAGGUCAAGUUGAAAUUGGUGAACUCUGUCCCUGACGCUACCCCCGAGCCAUGUGAAGUUGGUGACAUCUGUCUCUGAUGCUACUUCCAGAGCAUGUUAAGUUGAUGAACUCUGUCCCUGAUGCUACCCCAGGCCAUGUCAAGUUGAUGAACUCUGUCCCUGAUGCUACUUCCAGGCCAUGUAAAGUUGAUGAACUCUGUCCCUGAUGCUACCACAGGCCAUGUCAAGUUGAUGAACUCUGUCCCUGAUGCUACUUCCAGGCCACGUUAAGUUGAUGAACUCUGUCCCUGAUGCUACCCCAGACCACGUUAGGUUGAUGAACUCUGUCCCUGGUGCUACUUCCAGGCCACGUUAAGUUGAUGAACUCUAUCCCUGAUGCUACUUCCAGGCCAUGUUAAGUUGAUGAACUCUGUCCCUGAUGCUACCCCAGGGCAUGUUAAGUUGAUGAACUCUGUCCCUGAUGCAACCCCAGGCCACGUUAAGUUGAUUAACUCUGUCCCUGAUGCUACCCCAGGGCAUGUUAAGUUGAUGAACUCUGUCCCUGAUGCUACCCCAGGCCACGUUAAGUUGAUGAACUCUGUCCCUGAUGCUACUUCCAGGCCACGUUAAGUUGAUGAACUCUGUCCCUGAUGCUACUUCCAGGCCACGUUAAGUUGAUGAACUCUGUCCCUGAUCCUACUUCCAGGCCAUGUUAAGUUGAUGAACUCUGUCCCUGAUGCUACCCCAGGCCAUGUAAAGUUGAUGAACUCUGUCCCUGAUGCUACUUCCAGGCCACGUUAAGUUGAUGAACUCUGUCCCUGAUGCUACCCCAGGCCACGUUAAGUUGAUGAACUCUGUCCCUGAUGCUACCCCAGGCCAUGUUAAGUUCAUGAACUCUGUCCCUGAUGCUACCCCAGGCCACGUUAAGUUGAUGAACUCUGUCCCUGAUGCUACGUCCAGGCCAUGUAAAGUUGAUGAACUCUGUCCCUGAUGCUACUUCCAGGCCACGUUAAGUUGAUGAACUCUAUCCCUGAUGCUACCCCAGGCCACGUUAAGUUGAUGAACUCUGUCCCUGAUGCUACCCCAGGCCAUGUAAAGUUGAUGAACUCUGUCCCUGAUGCUACUUCCAGGCCACGUUAAGUUGAUGAACUCUAUCCCUGAUGCUACCCCAGGCCACGUUAAGUUGAUGAACUCUGUCCCUGAUGCUACCCCAGGCCAUGUAAAGUUGAUGAACUCUGUCCCUGAUGCUACCCCAGGCCAUGUAAAGUUGGUGACCUCUGUCCCUGAUUCUAUCCCCGAGACAUGUAAAGACGGUGACCUCUGUCUCAGAUGAUACCUGUGUUCUUACUAGUGGUUGACAUUUGAUUGUUGUGUGACAUGUCACGCGCGAGCAUCGUUUACAGAACUUCCUCCUGGCUGCUUCAAAGGGUUGUAAUUGCAGUAUAAUUGAGGAAUCAGAGACACGACAGCGUCACAAGUAUGUGACCACACACACAUAGAGCCCUAGUAGUUGGCCAUCUGACUGUAAAAGGGCAUUGCCUAAAAGUCGGGCCGGGCCGGGCCAAGACGGGCCAAAGUGUUGUUGGAUAAUUACUUCAUUAUCGGCGAUCAUACCUACAUAUUAUUGAUGCAACAUACACACAUGACAUUAAUGA